AUGGCUCUGCUGCUCGACAAGGUGGACACUGCAAAAGAUGACAGCUUCCUGCCUCGCCUCGAGGGGACUGUUGGCGAAGCAAUUGGAUUGAAGUGGGCUCUCGUGCUUCACAACCCCCGCAUGAUCGGAGCGCUGACCACCUGCAAUGUCGAGUCCCCAACUGACGCGCAGCCCUCCUCUGCCCACCCAAGAGACUGGCCCGCGAUCCUGACGCGCAUGCAGCUGAGUGAGGCGCAGGCGCAAGAGCUGCUGACUGUCAGGCGGACACUGAUGAGCGAGCUAGGAGGACUGAUCGCCCAGUGGGACCGAUUGUGGGAACAGAUGCAGAGUGUCAGGGACAUCGAGGUGCGGACGGAUGUGACCCACUAUGGGGAGGUGGCCGGUCUGACUGAGGGGCUGCGCAUAAAUGUGCACGAGCUUUUCACCUGCCGGGCCUUCUACCUCUCCUGGGUGUACAACAGGGUGUUGACACCGGUGCAAGUGGCAAGGUGCCUGGUGGCAUCGUACCCAAUGGGUCCAGACAUGCUCUCGCUCAUCACCUGCCUCGCGCAGCAGAGCAACGAGCCCUCCACCCGCGAGCUGCUGCAAAUGGCACGCCCCGGGACGGCCGCCGCUGCCGCGGCCGGGGGCAGUUCUAGCGCGGCGUUCGGCGCCGCUGGGAGCGGUUCUAGCGCGGCAUCCGGCGGUGGGGCCAGUUCUACAGCAGCGAGCGAUGCCGGUGGGGUCAGUUCUACCGCUGCGUUUCCCGUCUUGGGCAGUUCUGCAGCGGCGUUCGGCGCAGCCGGGGGCGCUUCUGCAGGGGCGUCCGGCGGCGGGGGCGGUUUAGGCGCGGCGUUAGGCGGGCCGGGCGACUGGCGCCAAGCUCUGGUGAUACCGCUGCGGCUGCUGCACGGCAGGCCACAAACGCCUCAGUAA